CUACCAAUUUGGCAACCACCAGCCUCUGCCUGUGUGUAUGGCGUCUGUGAAGAAGCUCACAGCCAUGUCCAAAUUCUUCUUCUUGGUGGCGGUGGUGCUGCAAUGGGGAGGCAGCCAUGCCCAACAACCUUACAUCAACAACAAGCAGCUGGCCUGCGAGGACCAAAGUGAUAACAUCACCCAAGGAUAUUACUGCAACGGCCUCAACAAAUCAUGCCUCUCCUAUAUCACCUUCCGCUCCACCACUACAUACAACUCAGCCGCCGACAUAGGCUACCUCCUCAAGGCCGACGCCACCCUCAUCGUCUCCCUCAACAACUUCUCCUCCGAAUUCGCCACCAUCCCCAGGGACAAGCUGGUGAUUGUCCCCGUGAACUGCUCCUGGGCCGACUACUACUACCAGCACAACGCCUCCCACACCAUUUCUGAGUCCGACACUUAUUUCAUCAUCUCCAACGACACUUACCAGGGUCUCACCACUUGCCAAGCCAUGAUGGCUCAGAACCCCUACAACUACAGGAAUCUCUCGGUGGGCAGUGACGUGCUCGUUCCCCUACGAUGUGCCUGUCCGACUUCUCGCCAGAGCGCUGCCGGUUUCAAGUACUUGAUCUCCUAUAUGGUCACCUGGGGAGAUAACUUUUCUGCAAUUGCUACGAAAUUUGGCGCUGAUGAGAAAAGUGUUUUGGAAGCCAACGAGCUCAAUGCUAAUAAUACUAUAUUUCCAUUCACAACCUUCCUCGUUCCCCUUACCGCAGAACCCAAAAUCAUUGAAUCGAUGCAGACGUCGUGAUAGCCGUCAAACUAGAAACGGGAAUUUAGAAAGAAAGAACAAGAGAAUUGAGAAGAGAUCAGAAGAUGAUGCAGGAGCAUAAAGUGUUUUUUUUUUU